CAAUCUCUCAGUUCCUAAAUAUCUAUCCCUUACAUCAAUAUCUCGUUUCUGUAAAUCGAACUUCAUACAUCUUUACCACUCCGCGCAAUUCCAGAUGGCCCGCUGCAAUGCUUGUCUUCACGCCGGCGCAGGCGACGUCGCGCCCACUGCUAGCUGUGUACGUCGGGCAUUGGAAUACACCAAUCUAAUCAAGAAUUUGACAGUCAAGACGCUGGAUCUAUACCUGGACAACAUUCGACAUCUAGCGAUCUACGAUGAGGCACCCCAAGAAACCAAGGACCCCGAUAGCGUCAAGCUUCACAUAGCAAAAGUGCUGCGAAUACGCCACAGAAGGUUGAAAGAAAUUGAGCGGCUUUUUCAGAAGAGUAUACUGAGCUACCUGCUUUUAGUUGGGGUCCCCCUUGCGACUGGCAAAUCUCUCAUGUGUCAGGACUUGAUGCGAUACAUACAGCCAAUAGUCGACACUCCGAGCUUGAUCAAAGAACUGUUGGAUAUCAUGGACAGGAAGUUGCACAAAAGUGAAUCGGGGGUGAACACUGAUAGAUCAAGAUCUGCGUUUGUAUCAAUCGCACUCGGUGUUGACAGAAACGAUAAGCCUGAUCACGCAUCCGACUUAUCCCUGGAUAUAUACGCGAAUAAUUUGAAGGCAAUUAAGGGGCAGAGAGCUGUUUUGGAGAAGAAAAUAGAAGCCAUUGAGAAUUGCAGGACGGAUAUAAUAGAGACGCGAGUAAACGCAGAAUGCUUCCAUGACUUCAGCUUCGCGAGAGCGCUCGUGAAGUCCAAUCUACCUCGUGAGAUCAGAGAUAUCAUAUACAAUCACCUUGUAGUCAACGAAAAUGACUAUAUAUUGACCAACGAGUAUCUUUCAAUUGAAGAGCACUGCCAGCUCCCUAGUUGCCGCCAGCGGAUGGCUCAUCCCUUCCACUGCUUCAUGAACCCCGAAACUAUGGGCGAGAAAAUCGCGACAGAAGUAGCUCAGAUCUACUACACCAAGAACAAAUUCGCCCUCCCAGAUACAGAAUUCCUUCCAAUAUUCCUCACCCACUCCGCCUUCGACCUCCCAAUACAGCCAUUCCGUUUUAUCCGCAAUCUACACGUCGUCAUGAACAUCGCUUAUACCAACCCCGUCGACCUGAAGAAGUACCACGAUGAUCUAUCACAGCUUAACCGAAUCCCGAGGAAAGAUCUGCUGUGUUUCCAAUUUUCAUUCUAUUGUUAUCUGCGCGAGGAAGAUGAUGACCCAUCUCUGUUGAACGUGCUGGAAAUGCUGCGAAAACCAAUCUACGACCUCAAACACGCUGGGAGCAGCAUUCUGAUCAAGCAAGCCAACCGGCUCUUCUAUCCCGACGAGAGACAGCUACUUGCUUGUGGCAAGUUUGCUGAUAAUGCUGAAGCGAGGGUGGAGGAUGCAGAGGAAGUUGGCAAAUGUCCGUCUUUCUUCAACCUCUCGAAGGAUGAGUGGGAUGAUGAACAAUCCGCAACCGGGGAACAUGACCCUACAGUGAAUUUUCUCGACGAUACAAAGACGUAUGAUCCCGCAUACUUGAAAUCGCUUUUUGAGAAGCGUUGGGGCGGCUCGGAGAAUCUAUCGAGAGGGUAUUAUCAGGUAUCCCCCAAUGCGUUUUCCAUGUGGUCGCUGAUCGACCCGGGGGAUGAUUCUUCGGAGUGUAAUUACCCAGGUGUGAUAUUUGACUAG